AAACAGAAUACUACUGUUACUGUUAGUAUUAAAGAAAGAAAGAAGCUUUUAAAGUCCAGAGAUAGAAAUCAGGUCCAAGGAUAUCAACGCACUACAGACAAAUUACAAUUAUAUUAUUAAUAAUCAAAUACCUAUAAUAUUUAUAUAUAGGAAAACCCCACCCUUACUCAAUAAAGCUUCAGACUGGGUUUUCUAUGUGAAGUUUAGGAUUUUUUUUUUUCUUUGUGAUGGAUCCGCCAGCUAUGAUGAGCGAUGGAAGGUACAAUCUAGCAGAGAUCUGGCAGUAUCCCAUGAGUGAGUCUGGGAUAAGUAGGGGUCAGUUCGGACAUGGGUUGGCUCAGUUCGGGGACCCCAGUCGAGAGGUUUCCGGCAAUGAUCCGGGUAGCUUGGAGCAGCAGCAGAGAAGGGGUGGUAUGAGGAGAAGGCGUGACGGAGAAGAUGAAACAGCUAAGGUUGUCUCUACUAGCUCCACUAGUAGUGGCAAUGCCGUGAAUGAUGGUGAGGGGAAGAGAAUUAAAGCAGCAGGAGGCAGAGAACAAAAUCAUGAAUCUAGAGUUGAAGCAGAACCCAGUUCAGGCAAGCUUGUGGAAGAAAAAGCUCAACCUUCCGAGCCACCUAAACAAGAUUACAUCCACGUACGAGCGCGAAGGGGUCAAGCUACUGAUAGCCACAGCUUAGCUGAAAGGGCUAGGAGAGAAAAGAUUAGUGAAAGAAUGAAGAUUCUUCAGGAUUUGGUUCCUGGUUGCAAUAAGGUUAUUGGCAAAGCACUUGUCCUUGAUGAGAUAAUUAAUUACAUUCAAUCACUACAGCGUCAGGUCGAGUUCCUAUCAAUGAAGCUUGAAGCAGUUAAUUCAGGAAUAAACCCUGCCAUUGAAGUAUUUCCUCGUAAAGAUUAUGGCCAACAAGCGUUUGAUGCUACUGGUAUGGCAUUCGGUUCGCAAGUGAUUAGGGAAUACAGUGGUGGCACAUCACCAGAGUGGUUGCACAUUGGCAGUGCUUUCGAAAGGACAACAUAAUCGGGUAAAGGGAAUCCCCUUGCAAUUACAAAUAAGAGCAUUAAAUUAAUUUGCAGUGCUUCCUGCUUGGGUCGGCCAAAGAGACUAUAUAUUUCCUUUGUCAACAUAAAGGCAUGGAGCCUCCAUUGCAGAAACCUAGAGUUAGUAUUUGAUGAAAAUGUUCAUUGUUGUGUUUUGGAGAGUGUGCUCCUUGACUCCCUAUAUGUCAAACGUUAAGCUGAAGGGAAUCUCCUAGAAUGAUUAGUUUUUGUUCUUGUACAAGAAAUUUGAUUGUUCAAAAUUACUGGUGCUUUUACACGUUGAGUCGACUUUUGUUUUAAAUUUGGGUUUGAUAAAUAAAGCCUGUUUUACUCCCUUUUUUUUUUUAA